AUGGAAGAUUCAGCCAGGCAAAAAAAAGGGUUCGGCAAGGUGGUGGUCGCGUUGUCGCGGAGGUGUUUGCGAUGGCCGAAGCGCAGAUUGAUGGUGCUGGUCCGCCGGCGAAAAAAGUCUCAAGUGACUCGAUCGUCGGGAGAGCAUCAACUUGUCAGCGCCAACAACACCAGUCACCACGACCACCACGACGCUAAUGGCAACGCGCUUGAGCACGGGUUAUUAUCAUCUACAGAUACGAUCAUGUCGGUUGCGAAACAAAAGAUUAUAAAUUCGGCCCAGGGUGGUGCGGAGGAGGGGCCGGGGAGCCAGCUACUGAGCGGUGGUGAGUCAUCGGCGGCCAAGGGAGACGAGUCGAGUGCCAACGCGAGCGCGGCGAUGAAUGGUGGAGCCGAGAACAAGAAUAGGAAGAAGCAAGAGGCGAAGGGAGGGCCGGAAGCGAAACAGGGUGCGGAGAAGAAAGAUUCGCAGCAGCAGCAGCAGCAGCAGCAGGGCGAGGGGCCGCCAAAAUUGUCGAAUGCGGAGCUGAAGAAGAGAGCGAAAGCUGAAAAAGCGGCAAGACGAGCGAAGGAGAAGCAGGAGCGGGAGGGGGAGCAGGCAGCGAGUGCUCAGUUGCAGAAUCAACAACAGCAGGCAAAGAAAGGAGGAGGAGGAGGAGGCGGGGCGGGGAAACAGAAGCAGGGUGCGCCGGCAGCGGGGACGAAGCAGGCUGCGCAGCGGAGGGGAUCGGUGCAUGUGCCCGCCGUGGAGUCGAAGAAGAAGAAAAAGAGCGAGAAUGAGAAUAUUGUUGCGGUUUUUGGGCAUCUACCGUGGCAUUCGCGGAGAGCGGGCAUCGCGGGCGUGGGCAAGGAGAUUCACCCGGCCGUGGUGGCUUUGGGGAUGCAAUUGAGGGACUAUGUGAUCUGUGGCAGUUCGGCGAGGUGUGUUGCGACUUUGCUGGCUCUCAGGCGGGUUGUCCAAGCGUAUAUCACACCGAUUGGAACUUCGCUAUCGCGCCAUCUGACGACAUACCUUUCGCAUCAAAUCAAUUACUUGACGACAUGCCGUCCACUCUCGAUCAGUCAGGGGAACGCUAUCCGGGCUUUGAAGUUGGAGAUUACGACAAUUGAUCCGGGCGACUCUGAAGACGAGGCGAAGCAGCAGAUCUACGAUUACAUUGACAACUAUAUCCGUGAAAAAUACACCGUGGCUUCUCAGGUGAUUGCCAACAGUGCUGCAGACAGGAUUAAAGACGGAGAUGUGAUACUUUGCUACGCGGGUAGCAGCGUCGUCCAAAAAGCGCUACUUACGGCUCACGCACAGGGGAAGAAAUUCCGCGUUUCCAUCAUUGAUACCCGACCACUCUUCGAAGGAAGGAACUUUGCGCGCACACUGUCCAAGGCUGGCUUGGAGGUGCAGUAUUCGCUGAUCAAUGGCAUCACAACUGCCAUCAGGGAUGUGACAAAGGUGUUUCUAGGCGCCCAUGCCAUGACCAGCAAUGGGUGUCUCUUCUCGAGAGUGGGCACCGCACUGGUCGCAAUGUCAGCGAAGGAGAGAGUUGGCGGCAUCAACAUUCCCGUCAUCGUGUGCUGCGAGACAGCCAAAUUCACGGACCGGGUCGCCCUCGAUAGCAUCGUCGUGAACGAAAUCGCGGAUGCGGACGAAUUAGUCGCCGUCGAGGCCCCCGAGCAAGUCACAAACCUGUCACCACCCACACCCGCGCCCACUGGCAAGGGCGGAAAAGCUGCUUCCACCGCGUCGAGUGCCACAAAUGCAGACACCGGUUCUAUAGCGUCAUCACUGGGCCCUACGUCGCUCGUGACCGAUCCGAGCCAGCCGUUGCAGAAUUGGCGAGAGAUGAAGAACCUCCAGCUACUGAACAUUAUGCAUGAUGUUACGCCGGCGCAGUAUAUUGACAUGGUGAUUACGGAGAUGGGAAGUCUGCCGCCCAGUGCGGUGCCGAUAGUGCAUCGGAUGAGCACGGAAUCUGAAGAGAAAGACGCGAAACACUAA